AAAUGAUAUUUAUUUAUUUUUAAUUUUUCCCCGAUUUGUUUGUUGAAUGUUGAGAGGUUGUGUAACGUUAGUUCAACAUCACGUGAAUAUCAAACGCGCGAUAUUUACAUUUAUAUUUCAGCCAAUUUUGGGACAAUCAAAAAUUUUUCUUAAAUAUAAUGAAACUCUGGCACCAUUCGAUUAAGUGAACUUUGUGAACUUUCUUUCAAUGACAAUAAUAAUAUUUUAAUAUGUACAUCAUAUUUCGACGUAUUAUACCUUUUUUUACACGUGCAUUUUUGGUUGGAUUAUUUUUAAGUUUUCUCAUGACAAUAUUUGACAUUUAUUAUUCAACAAAGUCACCUUCUCUUCUGUGCGUUCAAGUUACAAAUAUUAAAGUUUGGCUUUACGACUUUGAAGAAGUUGAAGAUAAAGGACUUCGAGAAUUUGCAUUUGUAACGAUGGAUAUUGAUGGGGAUUUUACUUCAUUAUUCACAUUUAAUACAAAAGCCAUCUUUGUAUCAGUAAUUGUUGAAUAUGAAACAUCAACUCAUAAACGAAAUCAAAUAAUGUUAUGGUCAACAACAAUAAUGAAAAAUUCCAUAACACGAAUAAAAUCUCAUAAAACAUUAAAUAAAUAUAGUUUAUAUGAUAUAACAAAUAGUUUUAAUGGAGUUAAUGGAACGUACAUAAUAGAAUGGAAUGUUAUACCAAAAGUUGGAAUGAUAAAAUAUGGUCGUGCAAAUUCGAAUGAAUCAAAAUUCGUUUGUGCUUUUCCGAUGAUAAAUAAUAAUACUUCUAUAAAUGUUUGAUUUAAAAAAGAAAAAGUAUGUCAUGAACAUGUGGGAUAUUUGUUUGAAUGAUGAUACGAUGAUAUUGUUUUAUGAUUAUAGUUUGAUUAUAGUGAUUAUAGUUAUAGUUUGAUUAUAGUUUGAUUAUAGUUUAAAUUAUGUUAUGAUUGUUGUUUUGAUUAUUGUUGUUUGAUAUCUUUUGUUUAUUGUCGUGAUUGGAACGGAACAGUAUUUAUUUAUUAAAAAGAAAAAAAUCGAAUCAAGUUGAAUUAGUAUCCUGAUUGUGUCCCGAUUCGGCGAUAAAUGUAGAAAUUGUAUAGACAAUCUGGUAUAAACAAGGGUUGCCCUUCAUGUUCAAACAUGAUCUAUCAUUUUAUGAACCGAUAUUAUUAAACUAUUAAACCGAUAUUAUUAUUAAAC